AUGUAUCACUUCCGCUUUCCCCCAUUUCUGUUCCUCUAUGCCGCUGCUGCUGCUGGCGGAAGUGCGUGCUGUGGAAAGGCAAAGGGAAACCCGAGGCCGCGCAUGCUGCCGUCGAUCAGCCAGUGUUUCCCUGACCCGCUCACCGGUCAGUGGCCGGCCACGCACCACCCGGUUCUGUGUGAGUGCCGCCAGCUCUACGUGCUCGUCUCUGUCUGCUGCUGUGUUCCGUCAACGCACCUGCUCGUGUUGCACGACGGCAUGGGCAACAGCACCGUUACGUCCAUGCCUAAAGGGCCGACGUACCUGGAGCUGCGCCUCAGCGAGAACACGCGACGCGACGCGCUCUGCGGGUUUCUCAUGCGGGCCGAGUCGGCGUCGGUUGCGUCAGUACCGAGCGGCUUCGCGGAGGACCACGUCCAAGUGACGGUCGUGUGCCUCCAAGGGCUCGCCGCCGCGUCGCCGCGCGUAAUGUCGGUCCUCAUGGACGUGCUGGUGUUCGGUCUCGUGCGCGUCGGAAACGCAGUGAAGCGGGUGCCAUCGCUGCGCAUCGUCGCCUUCUGCGACGCGCGCGCGUACGCGUCGGUGCUCCCAGAGUAUGUCCGCAGCGCGUUUUCGCUCUCGACGUACAUGUCAGGGCUCGCGAUGGAAAGUGCCGCGGUGAUCCAGUUGGCCGACACACACAGCUCCAACGUUGUGAACAAGCGGCACAUGCUGGAGGUGAUGCUGUGCGCCGACGGUGAGGAGCUCCUCGACACCGUCACGCUCUCUGGUGAGGUGGCGCGGUAUUUGCGGCAUCUGCUCGUUGUGCUGCGCGGCUCGAUGUUGACGCACAGCGCGCCGGGCAGCAGCAUCACCGCACGAGUGCCGCGCAUGCUUCGGCUGCUGAAAGUUGCCGCGCUACUCUUCGCUCCGCCGGCCCGCCCGCGUGCCGGGAGGUCGCACUUGUCACUCCGCCCCCCGUCGCCGACGUACCACCACUCACAUGACGCUGCGCCCAUCAUGAGCUUCGCGCACGUCGUGGUCUCGCCGGCGCACGUGAUGUGCCUGCUCUGCCCGAUGGUGGCGCACCUCUUCACGAUUGGCCGCGAGAUGGCCGCGCUUACGCGGGGCAAAAGCAACAGCAGCAACGGCGGUGCUGGCGGUGCUGGCGGCGGCGGCGGUGGUGGUGGUGGUGGUGGCGGUGAUGCUACGAAGAACAGUGUGUGGCUGUCGGGCUACGGGGCGGCGGCGGAGGUGGAGGAUGAAGGAAGCGACACGCGGGGAGUAGUUGCGUUGUGGGACGCCAAAGCGGUGCGGUGGAUGUCGCGGGUGGGUAUAUUUGGCGAUAGAACUGUUGGUGUGAACGAUGCAACUCGGGCUGGCUUGUCGACAACGAGAGAUUUGGUGCGGGAGGUCUCGGAGGAUGCGCUUUCGUACCCUGAGUGUCGCGAGCUGAUCCGCGCAACGGUGUCGCGGCAUAGCGCCCCGCCCAUCGGUUGA